AUGCCCGAUGCUGGCAACCUACCCGCGUACUCUUCCAACAAGGCUGGGCUUUACUUGUAUCCUGUAUGCAUACUCGGUGUCGUUGCGCUUGCGCUGGUCGUUGUGCGUACAUACAUUCGACUGAGAAGGACUGGGAAGCUGUACCUUGACGACUGGCUCAUUGUUGCUGCUGAGAUUCUCUCUGUAGUCGACACUGCCAUCGCUAUUGCGGCUGUCACUCACGGCUGGGGCAAACCCUCGUACAUGUUUACGCCGACCGCCCUCAAGGAAACACUCAGACUUCAAUUUGCGCUACAGGUAGUCUGGAUCAUCACGCUUUGCCUGGUUCGCGUAUCGGUCGCAUGCUCCUUGCUACGACUCGAAACUGAAAAACGAUGGCGAAUGCCGUUGUAUUCUAUUAUGAGCCUGCAAGUCCUAAUAUCCUCGUCGUACAUUGUCAUCCAAUUUGGGCAAUGCACGCCGAUAAGUGCCAAUUGGGACAACGUUCCAGACGUGAAGUGCUGGGAUACCACACCGAUCGUUGACUAUGGAUGGGCUAUCGCAGCAAUAUACAUAGUCAUGGAUCUCGCCCUUUCGCUUAUGCCUAUCCGCCUAAUUCGAUCCCUCCAUCGCAGUAGGACUGAGAAGAUUCUGGUCGGUGUUCUCAUGUCACUUGGUCUGCUCGCCACUGCUGUUGCUUGCGUAAAGAUGUCGACCUUCAACGAUUUCGGCAAGGGCGAUGUCAUGCAGCUCACUAUCAAGCCCUCAAUGCUGGCGAGACUGGAAGAGAUCGUAGGAAUCAUCGCAUGCUCUCUCCCGUGUUUGAAGAGCACAGUCGAGACAGUGUUGAAGAAUCUAGGUAUCAUGAGGGAGCGCGGCUUGACUACACCGAGUUUCGUCAAUGCUAUGAGUCUGCCGGGUGUUGGCGAUCAACGAGACGACAGUGGGUAUGGUGUGAGUGGUAAGGGUAGUGUCCUGGCUAAUCAUAGAGAUGUGACGCCUGGAAGCUCGACUCAACAUUUUGUAACUCAAGCGCACAUUGUUGAUGCAUCGCGGGCGGUAUGA